GGCAGUAAUGCACACCUAAUGUUUUUCCCAACCGCCAAAAAAAAAAAAACUCUUAAGAGAAGAAGAAGCGGCUCAUCCUUCGUUAGCUAGCUAGCUACUGUUGGGAAGUAGCAACAACAUUUCAGGAUCUUAUCAUCAUAAUGAGUUAUGCAGAGAAGCCGGAGGACAUAACAAAGGAAGAGUGGAUGGAUAAACUCAACAAUGUCCACAUUCAGAGAGCUGAUAUGAAUAGACUGAUAAUGAACUACCUGGUUACGGAGGGAUUCAAAGAGGCAGCAGAAAAGUUCAGGAUGGAGUCUGGAAUAGAACCCAGUGUGGACCUGGACUCCUUAGAUGAACGGAUUAAGAUCAGGGAGUUGAUAUUAAAAGGACAGAUUCAGGAUGCCAUUGCGCUUAUCAAUAGUCUGCACCCAGAACUGCUCGAUACAAACCGUUACCUGUACUUUCACUUACAGCAGCAGCAUCUUAUUGAGCUGAUUCGUCUGAGGGAGACAGAGGCUGCCCUUGAAUUUGCCCAGUCGCAGUUAGCAGAGCAAGGAGAGGAGAGCCGAGAGUGUCUAACUGAAAUGGAGAGGACACUGGCUCUGUUGGCGUUUGACAACCCUGAAGAGUCUCCCUUUGGAGAUCUGCUCAAUAUAAUGCAACGACAAAAGGUCUGGAGUGAGGUUAAUCAGUGUGUACUAGACUACGAAAACAGAGAAUCUACUCCAAAGCUGGCCAAGCUACUGAAGCUACUGCUCUGGGCUCAGAACGAACUCGACCAAAAGAAAAUUAAGUAUCCCAAAAUGACCGACCUGAGCAAGGGAACGAUCGAAGACCCCAAAUAAAGACUCAAAUUAAAUAAAUAACAUGUUGUUACAGAACGGACACAAUUCCUUAUCUAUUUAUAACCCAGGAAGCUGAAUCAGUUAGAGUACAACCUUUUCUUUUUUUGUAAGGGUUGCCUUUUGAUACUUUGUUAAUUCUGAACUGGACUGAUUGCAAUUUAAGGUUACUUCUUACUCUAUAACAACCAAACCAGUUACUUUAUUUGGUAUUAUAAUUUACAUGUCUGUCUAUGUAAAGCUAAAAUGUUUUAUUUACUCUAGUUUUUCUGUCUGCUGGCAGGGAAUGUUGUUGGCAGAGGAGGUUGUAAAUAAAGCCUAAAUUAGGCUGAUGGUCUGUGUGUGUGUGUGCCCACUCAAAGGAUGCAGGGUUUCAUCAGGAAAAACAGCUGGCUCAAUGUGCAAUUCUUAAAAUAAAAACCUUCUUUCAGGAAAUACAUUUCAACCAGUGGAAUUUCAUCUGAUACUUACAUGUGGUGAAAAUAGUCAGUAUGCAUUAUUUGGGGUGUUUAAGGUUACUGUGACUGAAAGCUAAAUUUAAGAAUCACAAUGCUUUAUUUACACACAUUAAAAAUUGUGAUAGACACACAAUCAUAAAUAAAACCCUCAAGGUUUAAGUUAUGGUAAUAAUUUGAUAAGAUUACUGGAGUAUUGGAAUCUACAGCAUACUGUGACUAUAAGCUUGAGUAACAUGAUGUUUAAAGAUGUGAAUGGGUAAAUACACUUGCAAACAUGGAGACACUAUUAGACUAUUACGUAUGAGUGAUUUACAUUUGUAGCGACUUGGCUAAAUUCUGAUGUGCUUUUUUUCCCCUGCUAUAUUAUUUUGCAAUAAAAGUUGAUUUAUCCUA